GCUUUGCUGCCGGGCAACGCGGCACAACCAUGAGGGGCACAGAGGUUUCCGUGGGUGAACGCAGAGCAGCCGGGCUGAGGGGACUGUGAGUCUGUGGUCAAAGACUGGGCACAGGGGGGACAUCCAUGAGAGCCACGUGACUUUUGAAGAAUCAUCUAAAGACGGUUGAUGGAGCGUCAUGGUUUUUACAAGAGCCACUUUUCUGAAAGAGAGGGGAUGGCAGUUUCCGCAGUUGCUUUACAGGAUCAUAUAAUACACAGUCAUCAGCUCCAGGAUCUUUCAUUAACAGAUCCUUUCAAGUCAAGGUCAAGGAAUAUCAGAAACAUUUACAAACCUGUGAACAAAGAGAUGGCCAAAGCAGUAGUAGAUACUGGACUACGAAAAAAGAGCACUCGCCACAAAAAUAAAGAUGCAGAAAGGGAGUAUGUGCUUGAUCCCAAUCCUCCCCGUCUAACAUUAGCUCAGAAAUUAGGACUAGUUGAGCCCCCUUCCUUGCCACUAACUGCUGAAGAAUGGGCAAAAUUAAAGCAGAGAUCCGUACAGCAUGGGGAUUCCAUACAGCCUUGUGCAAUAUGCAGGGAAGAGUUUGCACUUCAGCCUCAGGUGCUGCUUUCAUGUUCCCAUGUAUUCCAUAAAGCACGCCUGAAAGCCUUUGAAAAAUUUACAGGUAAAAAGUCUUUUCCUAUGUGUAGGAAAAAGCAGUACCAGACCAGAGUAAUACAUGAUGGGGCCCGCUUGUAUAAAAUAAAGUGUGCUAUUAGAAUUCAAGCCUCCCGGAGGGGAUAUAUUGUUAGAAAAUAGUAUAAAAACUUGAGAAAAACUGUGCCUCCUAAAGACAGCAAACUAAGAAAACAGUUCUUUGAGGAAAAGGUAUAUCAGUUGAAUUCAACUCAUCUGUUGAGUUCUUAUGACAUAAACCUAGAUGAUUUUUUUUCCGAGAUAGAUUCCACUAUAGCUGCAAGUCGAGAUGUGUUUCAGCAGGUGGAAGGAAAAGAGAUAUUUAUAAGUGAAAAUGACUGGGAGAAGAUCCAGAUGCAGGCAUUGCAGCAGGAGAUAGUUGACUGUCCUAUCUGUAUCAUGCCACUCAGUUCGGCUUUUCAUCCUGCCAGUAUCCUUUCUGGUAACAGCAAUCAGUUUUCACGACAGGCUGUUCUGCUUUCUUGUUCACAUCUGUUUCAUCAUACCUGUCUUCAAGCAUUUGAAGAGUUUUCCUUGGGAGUACGGCAUAUUUGCCCUUUAUGUCGCUCAUAUUACCAAAAGAAGGUCCUCAAAUGUUGAUCCAUAUAGCUCAAUGAACUUUCUAGCAGAACAUAUGUGACAACACAUGUACUUCUAACUUUGGAGCCUUUUCAGAUCCAGAUCUUUCAAGAACAAACAGUUUUUAUAUGUACUAUGGUAUUCACUCUGUAUUUAGAGAAAUAAAAAUUAGAAGGGUGCUGUUACUUCACUUUUAUAUUCAGUUUCACCUUUUGUCUCAGCAUUUUUCUUCUCCCUCCCUCCGUCAGUCCCACCCUUCCCAAAGAUGAUGCACAGUUGAUUUCAGCAUUGUGUUCCUUCAGCAAAACACCACUGUUAGCCCUUACCUGUGUGUUUUUAUGCCUGAUGUUUUGCAGCACAGGUACUGUGUUCUGUUUCUGUGUGUUCUACAGAUCAGCUGCUUAAUAACUCAACUGAAAGGCAGCCAGAAAGCUGUCUAUAGGGGUUUCAGAGAUGGUUAUUGUUAAGAAUUUCUGGAGAAUGUGUGACACUCUAAAGGACUAGUAAUUGAUAAACCUAUCUUGAAACCAGGGAUGGGAAAAAGAAAUCCUGAGGAUCUGCACAGUUUCACUUUGUUUCCUAAAAAAUACUGGUAACGUGCUACUUAAAAAGAACUAGUAUGUGACAUGGGCUUUGCCAAGAAAAAAAAAAUAUCAAGCCAAUUUAGUUCAUUUGUGCAACAGGAUACAGCCCCACAGAUGUAGCAGAACCCAUGAAGUGUCACACUUUAAGACUUCAGAAACUCUCCUACAUGAUACUUUAAUGAGCAGGCUUCGGAAUACCAGUAUCAGAAGAAAUAAAGUUGGUCUACAAGUGCAAUACAAUUCAAAGUCCAAGAGCAAAUAUACACUUAAAUAGGAAUAACCCUGUGUAUAGUAUCAAAGAAUGCUUGGGGUUGAGAAGGGACCUUAAGGACCAC